AUGAGCAAAGGGCUUUCCCAAUUAACAAAGUAAAUGUUUGAAAAAUUAACUGAGUUAGAUGACUUAUAAAUAAAAUUAUCAGAUAAAGUAGUUUUAUUUAUAUAAAUUCUUGGAGCUUUGCUAAACUUAUCAUAUUUACAACCUUAAGAACAACAUUAAUACUUAUAUAUAUUAUCUUUAUUUGCUAGACCAUAAUUAUAUAUUGACUCUACUAUUAUUGGAUAUUUUUUUCUAAUCGCAAAUAUUCUAUAUAUUUUUGGGAUUUUUUUUAAUAUACCUGGUAAAAGAAUUAUUUCAUUAUAUGGAGGAUUAAUGGUCACAAAUUUUUUUAAUCUUGGAAUGGAGAUUUCCUCAUCCCUAAUUUGUUUUAUAUUAUAACCAAGCUUAAUUAUAAUCUCAGCUCUCAAUCAACUUUUCUUAUUAGAGACAUUAGAUAUAAAAACAUAUAACUUUCAUUAAACUAAAGUUUUCUAUCCAACCCAUAUUAUUUGGAUUAUAUAAAUAAUGUAAUCAUUGUUUUGGUAUUAUGAUUCAAAUAUGAUAACACUCAAUUUGAUUGGAUUAUUGAGCUGUUCACUAUAAUUAUUUUUUGCAAAUAAUUUCAUUAUUGCUUCGAUUCAAUUAUAUACAAUAUUUCAUGCACUUUUAAUAAUAUUAGGUUAAGCAAAUAAUUUAUCUUCACUUUUAGUCAUUUUUCCAAUCUUUUUACGGAUUACACAUUAUAGAGAAAAAAGAAAGGAGAAAACUUAUUUCUAAAAUUUUGAAAACAACAAAAAGCCAGAAAAUAAACUUAUCUAUAUUUCUUUAUAGAUUAAUAAUAAAUAAUAUCAAAAAGCAUUAUGUUUGCUUUCAGAGAUGAAAGAUUUGAACGUUUACUAUGAAGUAAAAAAAAACAAAAUGAAAUUAAAGUGCUUAAAAUUGAUAUAAACAAUUAUGUUUGCCAAUCAAUCAUCCCAAUAAUCCUUUGUAGAUUCUCUUAAUAACAUAAUAGAAGUUGAAGAGACAUCAUAUAAUCAUAUUGAAGAAUUAAAAUAAAUAAUGUAAUAGAAAUUAUACCUAUUAUAAAAUGUACAAGAAGAAGAAAACUUUGAUAAAUAUUAUGCUUAUUUAGAUAAAUUAACAAUUAUUGAAGAAAUUUUAAAUUUUUAAUAUUAGGAACAUUAGACUUUAAAAAAUAAGUCAAUUUUAAUAUUUUUUUAUUCUGAAAUUAUGAAUAAUUUUCAUUAAGCAAGAUUUCUAUCUCAUUAAAAUAAUCCAAUUUAACAUGAUAAUUAUGAUCUGAAUAAAUUAGUCUAUCUAAUUUCAAAAUAUGAUUAAGGAAUUCAAAUUUCAGGCAUUUCUAAUAAUACUAUUUUUUCUAUAGAUACAUCCUUAGAAAUUGAAAGUUACAUUCCUCCAGGAAUUCGAGAACAUCAUAAUUCAAUCAUUGAAUAAUUCAUAGAAACAGGAAUAUCUAAAUAUGCUAAAUAAUUCGAUGCAAGUUUUAUUGCAAAAGAGAAUGAUACAUACAUGUCAUCAAUUGAUUUUGGAUUCAAUACUACAAUAAUAGAUGAAUUAAAAUUUAUAAUUUUUUUUCAAGUUUCACUCGAAUAACCUAUGGCUAUGAUAUUAAAUUCAUAAUUGAAAAUAACUUGUUUAAGUGAGUCGUUAUCUAAUGCCUUAAACAUUUCAAAAUUUGAUUUUAAAAAUAUUACUUACAAUAUAAGAAAGUUUUUGCCAUCAUAUUCAGAAACUGAAAGUUAUUAAGAAAAUUUAGAAUUAAUAUUGUCAGAGGUAGAAUAAGAUUUUCCUUUUGUAACAACAAUUAAAUAAUAAAUUAAGUUAGUAAAUAAUUAACCAGUUUAUUAUAUAUUAAUUUUUGAAUAUAUUCGAAGAUCUAAUUAUAAAUAAAAAAGCUUUACUUAAUUGACUUAUUAAUAAAGUUUUCUUGAACCUAUAUCCUUAUAAUAAGAGUUUAAAACUAAAUCUGAUUUUGAUUUUUUUGAAUAAGGAAACAUUGCAUAGGAAGAUCCUAUAGAUGUUCCAUAUGAAGAAAAUGAUUUUAAUUAAUAAUAUUUAAAUGAUUUGAUUGAGUUAUAGUAAAUGGAUGAUAACACAAAUAUUUACAGUCCAGAUAAUAAAUAAUAAUCAAAAUUGAAGCUUAUAAGAAAGUAAACUUUUGCUUCAAGAUAACGAAAAUAAUAAUCAUUAAAUAUAGAUUAGGAUGAAUAAUUUUUAAUUAAAACCUAAACAAAUUCUUAUAACUUAUUGUCAAAAGAUUUUUUAUCAGAUUAUUAUGAUUAGCAGCUCAAUAUUGCAAAUAAAUUUAUAAUAACAUUUCUAUUAAGCUUAUUUGUAACUUUUGCAUUUUUUGUAUAGCAAACAAUUAAAGUUAACUCAGAUAUUGAUUAAUUAAUGGAUGAUUUAGAAGUGUUAGAUUUUUCAUAGCUUUGCUUUUAACCAAUUGAAAAUAAUCUAUUGGUAAUAUUUUCGUUGAGUUAAUAUAAUUUAUAUUUUCAUUUGUAAAUAAUCACUUAUUAACAAAUGGUUAAAUUUAUCUAAUUUCCAUCCUCUUAAAUUUUAGUAGGAUACAAUUAAAUAUACACUAAUUUUAAUCAUUUAUUUUAGUAAUCUUUACUCUAAACUACUUUGGAUGAUAAUCAACUUGAAAUUUAUUAAUAUACAAACAGUACAAAAGAAGAAAGUUAUAAUAUGAGCUUAAGAAAUGCUUUGAUUACUUUACUAAAAUUUUAAUAUGAUGUAUUAAUAGACUUUAAAUAAAAUGGAAGAGUAAAUGCUGAUUCUGCACAUAUUUAUUUUAUAUUUAAAAAUUAUAUUCCUUUAAAACAAAUAAUAACUAAUCUACAUAAGGAUUUAUUAGAAAAUACAAUCACUUUGGUUGAACAUGAUAUCAAAAUCAUAAUUACUCUUCUAAUUGUUAGUAUGGUGACUCUUACAUUUCCUUAUUUAUUAAGUUAUUAUUACUUUAAUGGAAUAGCAAAUUAGAUUAGUAGAUUCUAUAAUAUAAUUUUGUAAUUGCCAUAGGAUAUAAAAGAUACAUAAAUUUUAUAGUAUAAACUAUUAAUCUCUUAAAUUAAUGAAGACCAUGAAUUUAUUGUAAGAUAUAAAUAUAAUGAAUAAAGUUUUGUGAAAGAAAAAUAAAAAUAGAGUCAAAGUUAAAAAAGAGCUAAAGUUUAAAAUAGAUUAAAAUUUCGUGGUUUAAGUUGGAAGUUUGGAUAUUUAGUGAUAUAUAUUUUAAUACUUUUGAAGUCAGGAAUUUCAUUUUAAUUAAACCUAUAAUAUUUAUAAGGGUAUAAGGAAGUGGCAAUAUUUUAUAAAGCUUUAUCAGAUUUGAGUAUUGAUAUUUCCUCGAUUUAUUCAGCAAGAGAAGUGUUGCUUUUCCGAAAUUCGUUUCCAUAUUUGUAGAACAAUACUAUUUAAUAAUUGCUUAUGGUAAUUGAUGAUGGAUUAAAUAGAACUAAAUAGUUCUUAGAAUAGUAAUUUAUUUAUGACAAGUAAGUACUUUAUAUAUUAAAGAGUUAUAUUGUCAGAUAAAUUUUAAGAGUACUAUGAUCACUUAGCAAAAGAAGACUUAUGUAAUUAGUUGUCUGAAGAUUUAUAAGCACAAACAAGUUCGUUUUGCAUAUAACUAUUCAAUGGUAAUAUGAAGAAUGGUUUAUUGUCAAUUUUGACUAUAAUAACAAAUAAUUUAAAAACAGAAUUAAAUUAUAAUAAAUUUGAGAAAAGAACUUCUAUCUAAUUUUAUGAUUUAGAAGGACCGUAUUUAAUUUCUGGAAUUGUUAAUGAUCUUUAUUAAGCUAUGAGGCAAGAUAUGUUUAUUUAAACUUAAUAAAUUUUGAAAUUAAUGAAUGUAAAUAAUUAUUAUGAAAAUUUAGAUAGCAGGAAUUAUUUUGCUUUCUCUUUUGGGAGUGUUGAUAUUAUUUUCAAAAUUUAUAAUUUUCAAUAAAUUGACAAGAUUGUUUGAAGUGAGUAAAAAGUUCAUUUCAUUUAUUCCUAUAAAAAUGCUUUUGUUUGAUGAAGGAAUGGAAAGAUACGUCAAAAAUUUAAUGUAUAAAAAUAACUUAACUUGA